GUUUUAUCAUCACCUGCUGUUUCCUUGAGGCAGCGUCCAGACGAUAAAGCUGGGGUAUAAAAGCCGGCCCGGGCACUGGCUCCAGAGGGAGAGGAAGCCUGGACCGUCUGACAGGAUGGUGAGCAUCUGGGCCAUCGCGCUCUUCCUGCUGGGAGCAGCCCAAGGAAAAGAAAUCUGCUAUGGUCGGCUCGGCUGCUUUUCCGACUCUGAGCCCUGGGGUGGGACUGUCAUCAGGCCCCUGAAAGUCCUUCCCUGGAGCCCCGAGAAGAUCGGCACCCGCUUCCUGCUCUACACCAACGAGAACCCAGACACCUUCCAGAAUCUCCUUCCCUCUGAUCCAUCAACGAUUGAGGCAUCGAAUUUUCAAACAGACAGGAAGACCCGCUUCAUCAUCCACGGCUUCAUAGACAAGGGCGAUGAGAGCUGGGUGCUGAAGAUGUGCAAGAACAUGUUCGAGGUGGAGGAGGUGAACUGCAUCUGCGUGGACUGGAAGAAGGGCUCGCAGACCACCUACUCGCAGGCCGUCAACAACGUGCGCGUGGUGGGCGCCCAGGUGGCCCAGAUGCUGGACGUGCUCAAGACAAACUACAGCUACUCACCCUCCCAAGUUCACCUCAUCGGCCACAGCCUGGGAGCCCACGUGGCUGGAGAGGCAGGGAGCAGGACCCCAGGCCUGGGCAGGAUCACCGGGUUGGAUCCGGUAGAAGCAAGUUUCCAGGGUACUUCUGAAGAGGUCCGACUUGAUCCCUCCGAUGCUGCCUUUGUGGAUGUGAUUCACACAGAUGCAGCUCCUCUGAUCCCCUCCUUGGGUUUUGGAACCAGUCAACUGGUUGGUCACCUUGACUUCUUCCCCAAUGGAGGAGAGGAGAUGCCGGGGUGCAAGAAGAACGCCUUGUCACAGAUUGUGGACCUGGACGGCAUCUGGUCAGGAACCAAGGACUUUGUGGCUUGCAAUCACCUAAGAAGCUACAAGUAUUACGCGGAAAGCAUCCUCAAUCCUGAUGGGUUCACUGCGUACCCCUGCGCUUCCUACAGGGCCUUUAAGUCGAACAAGUGCUUCCCCUGCCCAGACGAAGGGUGCCCGCAGAUGGGCCACUACGCCGAUAAGUUUGCUGGCAAGGCAAGCCCGGAGGAGCAGAAAUACUUCCUGAACACAGGCGAUUCCAGCAGUUUUGCCCGCUGGAGAUACGGGGUUUCCAUCACAAUGUCUGGGAGAAUGGUCACUGGUCAGGUCAAAGUUGCUCUGUUUGGAAAUAAGGGUAACACUCACCAAUAUGAUAUCUUCAGGGGGGUCCUCAAACCAGGCUCCACCCAUUCCAAUGAGUUUGACGCAGACCUGGACGUGGGAACAAUUCAGAAAGUCAAGUUCCUUUGGAAUAACCAUGUGGUAAACCCCACCCUCCCCAAAGUGGGUGCAUCCAAGAUCACCGUGCAAAAGGGAGAAGAGAAGACUGUGUACAACUUCUGUAGCACAGACACUGUGAGAGAAGACGUCCUGCUCACUCUCACGCCCUGUUAAACGCCAGGCACAAUUUGGUCGCUGUGUUAACAUCAAUAAAAUCC